CGCAGCGGCAGAUGUGUCGAGUCGAUCAGCUGAUCGCGCGGUUCCUCGUUCUCUCGUCUUGCACGAAAUCGAUUUGAAAAACAUUCUAGUUGUCGGAAUUCGAUCGAAAACCAAGCAAAAUGAGCGUCGCGAUGGUAGAAAACGGUAUAUACAGUGAUUAUCGCAGUCCUUUGGCGACUAGGUAUGUGUCGAAGGAAAUGAGAUACAACUUCAGUGAUCAACAUAAGUUUAGCACGUGGCGAAAACUGUGGAUCUACUUGGCGAAGGCAGAGAUGGAGCUUGGUUUGGCAAUUACGCCCGAUCAAAUUACUGAGAUGGAGGGUCACAUAAAUGACAUCGACUUCGAGGCAGUGUCGAAGGAAGAGAAGGCAACGAGACACGAUGUUAUGGCACAUCUCCACGUUUUCGCGGAUCAAUGCCCGAAAGCUGCUCCAAUAAUUCAUUUGGGGGCGACCAGUUGCUACGUUGGAGACAAUACGGACCUAAUCAUCCUUCGUAAUGGAUUUAAUAUACUACUGCUGAAACUGGCGAACAUUUUGGAUCGUCUUGCAAAAUUCGCUAUGGAGUAUCGUGAUCUACCGACAUUAGGAUUCACUCAUCUUCAACCAGCACAGCUUACUACCGUCGGGAAACGAGCAUCCCUGUGGCUACACGAGCUUUUGAUGGACGAAAGAGCUAUUCGACGAGCAAGAGACGACCUGAAAUUCCGUGGAGUAAAAGGCACCACUGGAACCCAAGCUUCUUUCCUUCAAUUAUUUAAUGGCGACAGUGCAAAGGUGAAACAGCUAGAUCGCCUGGUAACCAAAAUGGCGGGCUUCGAGAAGCAUUAUCCAGUGACCGGUCAGACCUACAGUAGAAAAGUCGAUGUGGAGUGUCUAAAUGUGCUUAGUUCUUUAGGCUCCACUAUUCAUAAAAUAUGCACCGACAUGAGGCUUCUAGCAAACAUGAAAGAAAUCGAGGAGCCUUUCGAAUCGACUCAAGUAGGCUCCAGUGCUAUGCCGUACAAAAGGAACCCGAUGCGUUCCGAGAGGACAUGCAGUAUAGCAAGGUAUUUGAUGACCUUGUCGAACAAUGCGUUGCAAACAGCGGCGACGCAAUGGAUGGAAAGGACACUGGACGAUUCAGCGAACAGGAGGAUCACAUUGUCGGACGCGUUCUUAUCGGCGGAUGCGAUUUUGAUGACCCUUCAAAAUAUCACAGAGGGGCUCGUUGUUUAUCCUAAGGUCAUUGCGAGACAUGUGAAUCAAGAAUUACCCUUCAUGACCGCGGAAAAUAUAAUAAUGGCUAUGGUGAAGGCUGGAGGUGACAGACAGGUGUGUCACGAAAAGAUCCGUGUGCUCUCACACGAGGCGGGCGCACAAGUGAAACAGCACGGUCUGGACAACGAUCUAGUCGAGAGGAUCAAGAAAGACCCUUACUUUUCACCGAUCCUGAAUCAACUCGAAAGCCUUCUUGAUCCAUCGACGUUCGUCGGUCGCGCACCCGAGCAGGUCGUCGAAUUCUUGGAAGAGGAAGUGUACCCGGUCCUCGAGAAUUACAAAGGACAAUUGGGUGGUCACGUGGAGCUGAGUAUCUAACGCCUAAGCGCUCCAAGAACGCCAUUAAGUUCUACACUCAGGGACCGAAAGUGGACAUUCUCGCAAGAAGAACGCGUGACAUUAACCGUUCGACGCUUCCAUUCAAGUUUCAUCGGUUUUAAUCAAAAUAAAAGAUCAUGCAAUUAUUAGUA